AUGCCGCCGGACCCGCCGCCCUACGACGCGCCCCAUCCGCCCGCAUCUUCGCGGAGGCCGCCAAGAACCUGGAGCGGCCCUGGCCCUCGUCCGCCGCUGCAAGCGCGCCGGCCGUCUCCGCGGGUCGUGACAUCACCAUUCAGCUACGCCGACUUUCGCAAGUUUCGCCGCUCCUCCGACGCCUCGCUCGGCGACCUCCAUGGCUCUGUCGCGUUUACGACACCGAACGCGGUGCUGGGGCGUGGACAUCGUGCUUCAGCUCCCGCCAUCGCCAGCACCGACCCCAUACUCUCUUGUUGGAGUUACAUCGCCACGGUCCAGAAGGCCGCGCGCUCUGACCGCGUCGAGGCCGCCAAUUCGCUGUGGCGAACCUGUGGCCCUCGACAACCACAGGAACAAGAAAACGUGUCGAUGAUCGCUCGAAGGCCGAGGGCCGUGCCCGUUAUUGUGAACGUGCUCUCGGAUCCCCUGAUGAGGCUGCAGACCCUUGUGGCUGGGCUCGUGUCGAGGAUGGCCCUCCACGACCCUCGCGCCCCUCGUGUCGCUUCUGGUCGUUUGAGUUCCGACUUGGAGGACUCUAAACCUGCCCCGAAGAAGCAUACGAGCAUACAUUCUCUGGUCCAGGGCAUGUCGACUGCUGGUCCGAUGCCCAGCGACAGCUUUGGCUCUGGCAUUGGCCGAGGAAGCUCCAUGUGCAGGGACCACCACCAUCACCGAAAGGAGAGGGAGAAUGAGAGCCCUGAGGUGAAGCUCGGGCUCAAGAUUGCUUGUGCCGAUGCCUUGUGGAUGUUGUCUAGGGGCUCCAUUUCCAAUAGCCGGAAGAUCACCGAGACGAAAGGGCUCCUUUGUCUCUCCAAGAUUGUUGAGAAGGAGAAGGGUGAGCUCCAGUACAACUGUAUUGCUUUAGGGAAGUUUGUUAACCCUGAAAAUUACUUACAUGUGGAGCAUUCUAAGGCAAUUAUAGAGUUUGGCGCAGUGUCGUCGCUGCUGAGGUUGAUUCGAUCAGGAGAGAAGACGCAGCUGCCUGCUCUGGUUCUGCUUUGUUUGCUAGCUUUGCACGUGCCUAGUAGCGAUGGUUUGGAGCGUGUGUUGGGGACUCUAGAAGCAGUGGGUCGUACUGCAGUGACUCAGCAUCCUUCUGUUAAAGAACUCCUCCCCCAGGCUGUUUACCAUCUUGAGCUCUAUCGAGUUGGCAGUCAUACUCAAAAACAUUCUUUUAUUCCAUAGUUUUGAAUUCAUCGCCAAAUAAACGCAAUCGAAUGGAGAAUCUACUCUGACCAAUUUUGACCUCUCCCAGUGGAACAAAUAUUGAGGAUUGAAACAUCAUCCUUCGAUUUGCAAUUUUAUCAUGGUGGAGAGGGGGUUUAAGUUGGUGGAUGUAGAUACGGUUGUUCACAUUCCUAGUCUUGUGUGUUUGAGGUGUUGCUGUUUAUGGUGCUUCAUGCUUGCAGUCAUGUCGAUAAUCUCUUGUCUUCAACACUCGUCAGUCUGUAUAUAAAUGAACCUGCUUUUCUUUCCAAAUAUUAUAUUUUCAGUGCAUGGUUCCUCAA